UUCAGUCGAGUGCCGCGCGGCGGGCGGCCGGCAUCACUAAGCCUCUUCUCCAUGGCGCUGCCGCUAUGAGGACGCUGUCGUUUGAGAAUCUGCGUCGGCUCGUGGGUCGCCGCAAGGAUCGCGAGCCCGAGCCGUCCUUCGAGCGCAGCGAGUCAUUCAAACGCAUCUCGAUACGCAAGAGUUACCUGGACCGGGCGAAGAGACGCACGAGGCUCUCGCCCCCCGCGACUCAGCAGCAGCAGGCGCAACAGCAGCAGCAGCAGCAGCAGCAGCAACAGCAGCAAAAAUCGACCGGUCGCGCCGUCGAAACCGAGCGAGCUUCGUCGGUGGUCGUCGUCGGGCCGACGAUCGUUCACGUGCUGCACAGCACGGACGCCGGGGAGAAGAAGAGGGCGAUUAUCGAGGAAGACACCAUCGUCUACGGGCAGUGGCUGACCGACGUGGACUCGUCGGGCAAGGUCGAUUACGAGUACGACGCGCGCGCGUUCGCCAAACGCAACUACGCGCUGCCGAGGAAGAUCAACAAUGACGAGAGGAAGGUGUCCUCGGUGCUCAUCGAGCUCGACAAGUCGCCGCAGCUGCCGCGCUCCAGGAAGCUCGACCAGCUCGACAGCGUCGUGAAAGAGUGCAAUUGCGUGACCACGGUCAACAUCAGCAGCAGCGACGAGCCCCCGGCGCAGGCGCCGCCGGUGCCGGCGCGCGAGGACGCGAAGAGCCGGGGCGUCGCGCCUAAAGCGGGCCCGGACAGGCAUCUGGCGCCCAGCUCUAUCAAAACGGACACGGCCUCGACGAGGGCCUCGGGUUUCAGUUUGUCGCUGUCGAUUUCGCGGCUGACCACCGACAUCAAGAAGAACGGACUGUUUCGUCGGCAGAAGCUGGUGAAGCCGGCGCCGAGUGUCAGUGCCGAGGGUUACUUCGAGAGGACAGCGGCAGCGUCGGCGUCGACGAGGAGGUCGAGGCGCAGCGCGGUGGGCAGCGCGAGGAGGCGCGUGGCCUACAACUCAAGGCGACGUACGAUCAGGCAAGCAGCGAGCGUCGUCGUACCCGCGAGUCCGGUUUGGUUCGUGCCGCCCGAGAGGAGACGCUCGAAUCGCCAGAAAGGCCGCGUCUGGAGGGAAGUCAGGUAUCUGCCGCGAGACGGCGAGGUGGAGAACGACGACAGCAACAGCGACGAGUUCGACGACAAGAAGCUGCUGCUGUCCGGCGAUUUCGAGGAGAGAGCCGAAUCCGCUGCCAACUCCGCCAAGAAGCUCACGGACUCGAGCUCGACGACACUGGACUCCUCGUCUUUGAGCUGCUCCUCGCUGAAGCCAAAAAUCAGUGACUUCAACGAGGACAAGAUCUUCUACGAAGAGUACCGUGGCGUCAAAUCAACCGGACGACCCGUAGAGCGCAAUUACUUCGCGAGUUCGCAGUUUCUCGGCUUCGUUGCCGGCAAGCGCGGCAACAAUAAAGAUUCGUCGAGCCACAGCAGCAGCAGCAGCAGCAGCAGCAGCAGUAGUGAGGAACAAGGUGUAUUGUUACUAGUGGAACAACCGCAAGACGAGAAGAAGACAGUUGUGUUAGUGUUGGGUGCUCAUGGCGGCGUCGGCAAAGCGAGUAAAAAGCCGGAGCCGCGUAGACGACCGUUGAGGCGAAAGUCCCAGCUGAAGAACGCCGCGGCAGGAUCGGCAGCGGUCAACAGGCAACCGGUUUACCUCGCGCGUCGACGAUCCUCCCUGCGCAGGAGACCUACCAGGGACAUCACGCAAAAAGGCUACGAGAAGAAACGAACGCGACUACUCCAGCAGUAUGCGUCGAAACAGCUCGGAAGCGGUAAUAACGGAAGCACUGGCGGAGGUUUGGAGAAGAUGAAUUUCGGCAGUGGCAGUGGUGGCAGUGCUGGUGGUGGUGGUAUUGGCGGAAGACCUCAACCAAGGGCUCGACGUACUCAACGUCGAGUCACUCACUCCGAGAAACGCUAUCACUCAGGGGGCCGGCCUAUGGUCAAUUCAUCGGCCUCGACCGGCGUCAGCAGCAGCAACAACAAUAACCACCAUAGCGGCGGCAACCUGCACGUCGUCGGCCCCGGCAACACGAAUUCGGCGGCCAAGAGACGCGGCAACCGCAGGCUCACGCGCAAUGAGAGUCGCUAUCAUUCCGAGGUGCGCCAAGAAGCAGUGCAACAGGCAUUGGCAGCGAUGCAGAGUCGACCAAAGCCCUCGUUACCAAUGCCAUCGAAGCGAACGUCGGUGAUGGCACGUAGUCCGGACCGUCAGCAGCAGCAGAGGAUCAGCUCGAACGUAGCGGGCGACUCGAGCAGCGACGAAGACAGCAUAGCCACGGAGGAAUCACCGGGUGCUGGUGGUCCGACUGGGACUGGCUUAUCGGAUACAAGUAGUACGGGCUCGGCGAGGGACACGCCGCCACCACCGAGACCGCCUGCGAGAAGGCCGCCAGCCGACAUCACCGACAUCGCCGAGUACACUCCACACUCCUACUGCAAUCUCGUGCAGCCCCCCGAUGUCACGCACACCACCACGCAGUCGAGAAGACCGGCAGGCGCAGACAGAGUUAACAGGUAUCACGUAGUCGAGGAGAACAACACAGGUACGACAGGCAGAUGGAAGGUGUCGGCGAAGAUCCAGCAGUUGCUGAACACUCUGAAGAGACCUAAGCGUAGGCCACUGCCCGAGUUCUACGAGGACGACGACAUCGAGCUAGAAAUCGCGGCGAAUCCGAAAGAUCCGAAUGCCCCGAAGCCCGAGGGUGGAACGAUGACGCCGGCUGUCGGCGAAUCGCUGUCUGUGCCUUCUGGAUUGCCGAGAUCCGUCGAAGCUGCCAUUCAAAGGUACGGCACGUCGUCGUACAAAGCGCCGGCGGCAACGGUACUGGACCCGAACGGCAAGCUGUGCGUGACGCUGACCUACGGCAAGCUGCUGAGUCGCUCAUACAAGAUAGCCUACACGCUGCUGAACAAAGCCCUCAGUCGUAUAGUUGGCGAAUGCUGCCUCAAGCCCGGCGAUCGAAUCGCGCUGGUUUACCCCAACGACGACCCGAUAAACUUCAUUUGCGCGUUCUACGGCUGCCUGCAGGCUGGCAUCGUGCCGGUGCCCAUCGAGGUGCCGCUCACGCGACGAGACGCCGGCUCGCAACAGAUUGGCUUCCUUCUCGGUAGCUGCGGCAUACAGGUGGCACUAACGAGCGAAGCGUGUCUGAAAAAUCUGCCAAAGACAAGCGCGGGCGAAGUAGUCGCAUUCAAGGGUUGGCCAAAGCUCCAUUGGUUUGUAACCGAGCAUCUGGGCAAAACGCCCAAAGACUGGAUGCCACCGUCAAGAUUGACGGACGACACGCCGGCCUACAUCGAGUACACCACCGACAAGGAUGGCUCGGUGAUGGGUGUCACCGUCACGCGGGCUGCCAUGCUUGCUCACUGCCGUGCACUCACUCAGGCCUGCGGCUACACCGAAGGCGAAAAUGCAGUAUGCGUGUUGGACUUUAAACGCGAGGUUGGCCUAUGGCAUAGCACACUGUCAGCAAUUCUCAACGGUAUGCACGUGAUCUUCAUCCCAUACGCCUUGAUGAAGGUGAAUCCUGCGAGCUGGAUGCAAAUGAUAACCAAACACAGAGCCAGUGUGGCAGUGGUGAAGUCACGAGAUCUACAUUGGGGUUUACUAGCAACGAAGGAUCACAAAGAUAUAUCGCUGUCAACGUUGCGAUUGUUACUCGUAGCGGAUGGAGCAAAUCCAUGGUCAUUGUCAUCGUGCGACCAAUUCCUCUCGGUCUUCCAGUCAAAAGGCUUGCGACCUGAUGCUGUGUGUCCAUGUGCUUCAUCAAGUGAAGCUCUUACUGUCUCUGUCAGGAGGCCAGGUAGAGCUGGAGUUAAUGCUACUGGUAGAGGUGUACUCAGCAUGUCUGGACUGAGCUAUGGAGUUGUCAGAGUCGAUCAGGAGAAUUCACUUACGUCACUCACACUGCAAGACUGUGGACAAGUCAUGCCAGGAAGUAUCGUCGUCGUGAUAAAAAUGGAAGGCCCACCACUAGUCUGUAAAACCGAUGAAGUCGGCGAGAUCUGCGUACAUAGCUCGUGUACUGCUACACAAUAUUGGGGCCUACAAGGUCUCACCAACAACAACUUCAAAGUAGUACCGCUCCAAGUCGAAGGUCAACAACUCGGUGAUGCCGAGUAUGUUCGUUCUGGAUUACUUGGUUUUCUCGGUCCUGGCAACCUUGUCUUUGUUUGUGGUUCACGAGAUGGCCUCAUGACUGUCACUGGUCGAAAACACAACGCAGAUGAUAUCAUCGCUACAGUCUUGGCAGUUGAGCCUAUGAAAUUUAUCUACCGCGGAAGAAUCGCUGUUUUCAGUGUAAGAGUACUAAGAGAUGAGCGAAUAUGCGUUGUUGCCGAGCAGCGUCCUGACUGUAGUGAAGAAGAGAGUUUUCAAUGGAUGUCCCGAGUACUGCAAGCAGUCGACUCGAUUCACGCAGUGGGUAUCUACUGCUUGGCCUUAGUACCACCCAACUACCUCCCAAAGACUCCACUUGGUGGCAUUCACUUAUCCGAGACGAAGAGGCGUUUCCUCGAGGGUACGCUGCACCCGGCCAACGUGCUACUCUGCCCACAUACCUGUGUCACUAAUCUGCCAAAGCCACGUGAGAUUCAUUCGGCGGGGGAUUCUGUUUCAGAUGUUGGUCCAGCCAGUGUCAUGGUAGGUAACAUAGUUCAGGGUAAUCGACUUGCUUCUGCUCAGGGCAGAGAUAUGGGUGUCCUGGAUGAGGACAGUGAUAAUGCCAAGAAGUAUCAAUUCAUCUCGGAGAUUUUGCGAUGGCGAGCAGUCGGCACCUCGGAUCAUGUGAUAUUUACCUCACUGAACUCGAAAGGCGCGGUAGCAUCCUCACUGUCAUGUUCGCAAUUGCACAAGAAAGCCGAGCGCAUCGGCAACCUUCUGCUCGAUCGUGGUAGAAUCAAUACUGGCGAUCACGUGGCUUUACUCUUCCCACCUGGUACCGAUCUCAUUUGCGCCUUCUACGGCUGCCUCUACGUCGGCGCCGUACCCGUCACCAUUCGUCCUCCUCAUCCACAAAAUCUACAAACCACACUGCCUACUGUACGCAUGAUCGCCGAUGUUAGCAAGUCCGUGCUCAUUCUGACCAAUCAGAAUAUUUUGAAGCUGCUCAAAUCCAAGGAGGCCAACAACGUUGUUGAAGUUAAGAGUUGGCCAACGAUCCUUGACAUGGAUGACAUGCCAAAGAAGAAACUUCCAGUUUUGUACCGGGCGCCGACCGCAGAGAUGCUUGCCUAUUUAGAUUUUAGCGUAUCGACCACUGGCAUGUUAGCCGGUAUUAAAAUGUCCCACGCAGCUGUGACUUCCCUCUGCCGCUCAAUGAAGCUCGCUUGCGAACUGUAUCCAUCGCGUCACAUAGCACUUUGCUUAGAUCCCUACUCGGGAUUGGGUUUUGCUCUGUGGUGUUUAAGCAGUAUCUACAGUGGACACCAUUCUAUUUUGAUACCUCCUUCGGAAGUUGAAGCCAAUCCGGCACUUUGGCUUUCGGCAGUAAGUCACUCGAGGGUUCGCGAUACCUUCUGCUCUUACGGCGUUAUGGAACUUUGUACAAAGGGCCUUGGAUCCUCAGUUCAUGCCUUAAAAGCACGUGGCGUGAGUCUCGCUUGCGUGAGAACUUGUGUCGUGGUGGCUGAAGAAAGACCAAGAAUAGCACUAACCACUAGCUUCAGCAAACUUUUCUCAUCUCUCGGUUUGAGUCCUCGUGCAGUGUCUACAUCGUUUGGUUGCAGAGUCAAUACGGCCAUAUGUUUGCAGGGUGCGUCAAGUCCAGAACCAUCGACGGUAUACGUAGACCUUCGAGCAUUGCGCAACGAUCGCGUAUCACUUGUCGAGCGAGGCUCGCCACACUCGCUGUGCUUAAUGGAAUCGGGUAAAUUGCUGCCAGGUGUGAAAGUGAUAAUCGCCAAUCCCGAAACCAAAGGUCAAUGUGGCGACUCGCACUUGGGUGAAAUCUGGGUACAAUCGCCACACAACGCAAGUGGCUAUUUUACCAUCUAUGGCGAUGAAAGCGAUUACGCGGAUCACUUCAACGCUCGACUCGUAACCGGUAAUACCGGCGAAGUCUAUGCGCGUACUGGUUACCUUGGGUUCCUCAGGCGUACGGAAUGCGUGCAACAAAACACAGGACCCGACGUGCCUGGUGAUAACAGUUCAGCAUUGGAAGUCGACGUAACUCACGGAGAUUCGGAGCUGCACGAUGCAGUAUUCGUUGUUGGAGCUCUGGACGAAGCAAUAUUACUGAGAGGCAUGAGGUAUCAUCCUAUUGAUAUCGAGAAUAGCGUCAUGAGAUGCCACAAAAAGAUUGCCGAGUGCGCCGUAUUUACGUGGACAAAUCUUCUAGUAGUGGUAGUAGAACUUGACGGUAGCGAAACUGAAGCAUUAGACCUGGUCGCUCUGGUGACAAGCGCAGUGCUGGAGGAACACCACCUUGUUGUUGGCGUAGUAGUGGUAGUAGAUCCAGGUGUCGUGCCAAUAAACUCGCGCGGCGAGAAACAACGAAUGCACCUUCGUGAUGGCUUCCUAGCCGAUCAACUUGACCCCAUCUACGUGGCAUACAAUAUGUAAACGAGCUUUAUCGUGACAAAUGUGGCAGCAACUAAGAAAAAAGUAUCGCACAAGGUUAUGUUGUCGAACUUGUUUCGUUCAUUUAUCCGUUCGUAUUAUUUAUUUCGAUGAUUUACGUAGUUACUGUACGUAAUGAAUAGUGUCUUUCUGUUUAAUUUUUGUUUGUUCGUUGUCUGUAAAGAUAAUGUCGCGAAUAGUUUUAUAUGUUUUAUGACACUUCAUGUUAUCACAUGUUUUUUUGAAAAAUCUAUUAAAUACCAGUUUUCAAAUAACAAAAUGGCGAUAAAUUUUUCUCUUCUUUUCAAACAAUUGUAUAGAAAUUUGCAUUUUUUAUCUUAGGUAAUUAUGACAAUUAGUGAUAUAGUACUAAGAGCUUAUACAGCUAUCGUUAUUUAUAUUGAAUGUUGAUAAUCAGUCUAUUUCCAGCUAAACAUAAUUUUACUAUUCACGCUGUACUGGUAAAUCAAAUUUUUUUUUCAACGGUGCUCAAAGCUUUCUAUUAUAACUAAAUUUGAACUGUUAAAAUUACUUAUCACGUACAUCGACUCGCACAUUAUAACUUUCUCCACUUUGAAGAGCCAGUGACAAUCUUAUAUUUUUUUAUUACAACCUAAUUUAUAUACUCUGCAUUUUACGUUUAGUAUCAAUUGUAAUGAUACUUAACGCAAAAUUUUUUUGACAAUUUACAUACGCCAUUUUGUUUUCAACUAUAUAAAACUAUUUUAACAUAACCACUGUUUCUGAAUGGCAUGUACAUUUAUUAAUAGGAUUAUUUAAUAAGUUUUAUUUAAUAAAACAGGCAUGGCUAAACAUUUUCAAAGGCUUUACAACGAUGAGAAAGACCUCAUGACAUUUUAUCUCCUUUUUCAUAGUGCAACCACCGUACAAAAACUUUUGAUUUAUCCGUUAUCUCAAAAGUUAUAAUCGCAGAUAAAUAAAUACUUUAUGUAUAAUUAGGUCGUGUCAAAGACGAAUUAGCAUUUUUUAUUUUGUUGUGUAAUUUAGAACCGUGCCAUUAUGUAAUUUUUCUUUGUAUAUUCGGCGUCAUAUUAUGUUAUCAUUUCUGUUAUUCAGUGCAGGCAUUUUCUUUUCGAAUCGUUGAUUUUGUAUGUGUAUGCCUGUGUAACUGCUAAUGAAAACGUCCUGAUUAAGCGAAAAACACUUAAAAAUAAAAAAAAAUCAAGUAACUAUCAGAUCGUGAGUAAAUACACCUUACUUCUCAAAUUUUACGCAAAAAAAAAUUCCAGAAAAAAUUAUUUUAAAUACUAAAUGAUAAAAAAUAAUGUACAACUUUGAAAGAGAUAAGAGAACAUUUUUGAAAAAAAUAUACUGAAAGUGAAUUGAUCUUUUUAAAGUGCUUACUUCAUGGUAACUUAAUCAAGAUAUACUAUUUAUAUGAAAGCACAGUAAAAUUUUUAUAUCUUAUAUAAUGCAGUCAAGUCUUGUUGGCAUCACUAGAAAAUGACAUGAUUAUUCGAGAUGUGUUAGUUACCCAUCAGAAAGGAAAGGACAAUUUUUUAAAGUUAUAAUCGCUCCCAUUUUCAAGAUCGCUUUGAUCUCAUAGUUCGUAUCAAUAGAUUUCACUUUUGACUAGACGAAAAAGUGAAAUUACCCGAUAUCCGUUAGAGUUUUGUAAUAAUUGACGUUUUAUAAAUCGGAGUCAGUAUAUUUCUAUAGGUACAUUUGUGGAGGACACUCGACCAAUACGAAGAUCGAAUUUCAUUGUGCAGUCCAACCUCCAACGUAUGAGCCGAGCAUGCGUGAGAGUCGUUUUGUGUUAAAUCUGAUGAAAUAUUGCUACAUCAUUAUAAUUUUUUAGGAGUUAUAAAAUUAAGUGCAUAAGUAGAUGCUAAUUAUUUAUGUUAGUGAAUCGUGCUAUUUAUUGAUAAAAUUGAUUAUUAAAGUCUUCUAGAGAAAGAGAAUGUUUUUAAAUAUUGAGCUAAAUGAUGUUGAAGACAAAGUUGCAGCGUGUGAUCGAUUUAAUGCAGAAUGACUCACGAUUGAAUCAUCGAACCGCAUCUGUCAAUACUGUAUAAUGGCAUUGUCAGAUGCGCCGAUAUUUGGUUGUAAAAUGUAUAAAUGUUGAUACUCUAGUAGUAGUGAUAAUGUGGAAUACUUGUCAUUCUGAUUACGUUAAAUAAACUUAGGUCCAGGCAGGUAUCUGUUGCAUGUCGCAGGCCGAAGGGCGUUUUAUUAGUUUCUCCGUGGUGGUUUGAUUUGAUGAGAGACAGCAGUGAGAAAAAUAAAGAGAGAGAGAGAGAGAGAGAGAGAGAGAGAGAGAGAGAGAGAAAUAAAGUGAAUGAGCCAAGUGCCGUGUAUAUAUUAUUAAGAUUAUUCGAGUCGUAGAGGUUUAUUGUUUGCCGAUAAGGUACGACCAUAGAUUGUAUUCUGAGCGUAAGCUAAAUAUAAUAUUGCGAAUGAAUUACGUACUAAUAAUUAAUUGUCACUUAUUGCAUAGCGUUUAAAAAGCCGUCAAACUAAUAUGUUAUUUGAUUCAGAAGCGCGCAAUAUAUUAU